AUGAAAAGGCUUCGAUUGUUUAUAACCAGAAAUUUAUACCAUUGUGGCGAGCCAAUAUGUUUCCCUAACAGAUUAAAGUGGCUCGAGUGGCCUAAGUACACUUUGAAUUUCUUGCCCUUCAGUUCUGGUGGACAGAAGAAUCUUCGAGCGCUGUAUUUGAGCAAAAGCAGCAUCAGAUUUUUGGCAGAGGAUUUUGAGCGAUUCCGAAAUCUGAAAUAUAUUGACUUCAGUUACUGUGGAUUGCUGCACAAGAUUCCUGAUGUGUCCACUUUGAAAAAUCUCGAGAGGCUGGAUCUUUCAGAGUGCAAAAGCCUGGUCUCCGUUCAUCAGUCUCUUGGGUUUCUUGAUAAGCUCGUCCACUUGAAUUUUUCUAACUGCUGUAAGCUCAGAAAAUUUCCGAGAAGUCUAAACUCAAAGCUACUUCAGAGCCUCGUUCUCAAAGAGAACCCUGAUGCCUCACUAUUGUUGGCAUUUUCGAAGCUGAUUUACUUGGAUCUCCAUGGGUGCCGUUUAACAGAAGUUAACUUCUUGAAGGAUCUGCAGCGCCAUUCUACUUUGACUAUAUUAAUAUUAUCAGGAAACAAACUUGUCAGCCUCCCCAGUGAUAUCAGAAAAUUUUCUGCAUUAGAUCAGCCUGACCUGUCAAAUUGCAAGCAACUUCAAGAAAUUGUAGACCUCCCACCAAACAUAAAAAUUUUGCAGGCAGCAGGCUGUGAAUCUCUGGAGAGCUUUCCAUCAUUUUCUGGUGCAUUAAAAUCUCGUCGAAAAGCUUCGAUUAGAAUUGACCUUUCUGGCGGUCACAAGUUGAAUAAGUGCUCAGAUAUAGCUAAUACACCACCAUUGGAGGAAUUGUUUGGAACAACUGUAAUCAGUAUCAUACAUCCAGGAAGUGAAGUCCCGAAUUGGUUUGAGUAUCAAAGCACAGAAAGACAUGUUAGUUUCUCGGUGUCCCCAGAACGCUGCAUGGAUAUAGUUGGGGUGGCCUUCUGUGCUGCUGCGGCAUUAGACAAGCAAGGUGACGCUGAUGUUUAUUGUAAGAUCCAGCUUUCCUUCAACAAGCAAUAUAUAGGCUCUGGUGUAGAAAGUUUCCCUGCUUCAAAGUCGGCCCAGCUGUGGCUGCUUUUCAUUCCAUUGAGCUGUCUUGACCCGGAGCUUGUAUCAUAUGGAUGCAAUCAGUCGGAGGUAUUAUUUGAAGUAUCUAGGAGUGUUUUACAAAGCUGUGGAGUGCAUCUGGUAUUCCAUCAAGGAAGUGAAGGUCGGCCAUACUUUAUCUGUUCCUACUGCAAAAAGGUUUUGGAGGUAGAGGAUGGAAUGACAAAUGGUUUUGGAGGGAGAAGAUGGAAUGAAAGCAUCACUCCUGUAAUUUCAAGAAUCUGGAAGCACAAAUGGUUUUGGAGGGAGAAGAUGGAAUGAAAGCAUCACUCCUGUAAUUUCAAGAAUCUGGAAGCACAAAUGGUUUUGGAACACUUCUGGAAUGAAGAUGAUCUUAGUAAGUGCAAUAAAAAAAAAUGUCUAGUUUGCUCAUUCCCAGACGAUGAGCUUGAAUCUGGUGGAUCUGACACCUUGACUUACAAUGAAUUGAGAUGCAUGGAGCUAUUCGAGCCGUUUGAAACAGUUUCUAGACUCCCAAAUGGAUCCUGGACUUGAGUAAUGAAGCCAUCGCGGCCUUGGUGACUUCGCAAGUAUCGCUGGCAACUUCGCAAGGAUCGCUAUAAAAGGAAGUAAAGAUUUAGUACUCUUAAGUUUCGAUGAUUUUGCCGUCUUCUCACACUACGCAGAAGUGGGGAAACGUGUUUUGUUUAUUGUUCUCUUUAGCUUUGAUUAGUAAGUAAUUGGCUUGAGCUCUGUUUGGCGUUUGUAAAUGGAAGCAAUAUGAUCCAUAUUUGCCAGUAAAUAUUUUCGCAUACAGGAUAAUUUUAAGAUUUUAACGAGAGGAUAGCAAUCGAGAUCCUUGAUUUCUUGAUCCCAUAAAGGAUCGAGGACGCGAUCACGUCUCCUCCCCUGACGCCCUCCUCAUCUAUGAAGGCGUUGAUCCCCACCCAGUAAAGUGCGGCAUAGGUGGGGCACGAAGCCAUUGCAGGUUUCCUCGCCCCUGAAGCUCAAGAAGACGUCAUGGGCGUGCCAGUAGCCAUUCACAGGAUUCGAGGAACCCGUCACUGACAUGGGCUCGAUGUGAGCUGCUUUUGCGGGAGGCAGAGGCAUUAUUGGCUGAACCAAUGUAGUCCUCGGAAUCGAGGGAUCCCAGUUUCUGUUCUUCUUGAUGCGCACUGCCAAAUAAUUAAUUCUCAUGGACAGAUGUUAGCAGCAUUUUGAUGAUUCCGGUGAAAUACAAAACCACAUUUUGAUA